AUGGGGAAGAUUGGGUUUGCCAAAGCAUCAAUUUUGUGUCUGGUUGAUAAUGCAGCAAAAUUACAAACCAAGGAAAAAUUGCAUAAAAUUGGGGUAUGUGCUGAUAGCUUAUGCUUGAUUUGUGGUGAGCACGAUGAAACACAUGAGCAUCUGUUUUUUAAGUGCCAUUUCAGUAAAGAGUGUGCUACCAGAAUUAAAACUUGGUGUGGUAUUAACAAUCAGAGUUUGAGCUUCAGUCAGAUUAUUGAGUGGCUUGCUAGGAGGAGAAGAGGGUCUCAAGUUCGAAGAUUUGUACAGGCUGCUGCUAUGGAGGCUACAACAUAUUGUAUUUGGAGGGUUAGGAAUGAAGCAUACUGGGUACAUAAGAUUCAGAACAUUGAUCAUACUGUAAAGCAUAUACAGCAGAUAGUUAAGGCUAGAAGUUUAUGUUGCUUGCCUAAGAAAGUUAGUAAUAGAGAUAAGGAAUGGAUUGAAUCAUUGUAA